AACAUUUGUAUUUGCUGUAUUGAAAUAAUGAAGAUUACAACUUGUAAUGCAAGCGUAUCAAAAUCUUAUAACGAACGCGUUGGACAAGGUCAAUGUGAUUGUCGCUUGCAAGUCCACCACCGCGUGAAAGGAAAACAAUAAAUAGGUGAGAUCCUUAGCAACAGUAGGGUCUUUUUUGCAAUCGCCAACCUAAUUUCUCAUUGGGAAAAAAAAAAUAAAACCAGCGAAGAGAAAGGAGACUCUCCGGUGGUAAGAGCAAAACCAGGGGCAGCCCCCUUCCGGCAGCUGUUUCACAAUCCAGUCCUCCGCAGGCAGUCUGGGAUCUUCUGCGGCCACCGCAAGCAGCACAAGCGGUUUCGCGCGGGGAGCGCGUGGGCGCAUGGGAUCCCAGGCGGUUUCGCGGCCCUGUGGGCUCCCACCGCUGGAAACGGCGCGGCGCGGGGGAAAAACCCGCGCGGGGGGCGGUCGCAGCCGCACGGCCGAAACCGGCGGCGAUCGCCCACACGGCUGCGCCUGCCACCCCAUAAAGACUCCCUCCCCGCUGCCGUUUUCCCACGGACAAGAGGUCAAGAGCCGAGAGCGAUCGAGAGAGAGAGAGCGAGAGCCAGAGAGAGUGCGGGUGGCUUUGGAGAUUGGGGGUCUGGUGGCGAUGGAGAGGGGCGACGGGGGAGGAGGCAUGGCGCCGCGGGGCGGCGGCGGCGUGGUGGGGUCGGCGGCAAUGCUGGGGCUCGACAUGCACCUCGCACCGCAGCAGAUGCACCCGGCCGCCGCGUUCCAGCACCAGGCGGCAGAGCACCACCACGGCGGGUUCCAGCUGCAGCAGCCGGCGCCGGUGAGGCCCCAGCAGCAGCAGCCGUCGUCGUUCUCGCCCUACUCCAACACGUCGUCGUCGCGUGGCGUGGUGGGCGCGGCGGGGGUCGGGCACGACGACGACAUGGUGGGCAACGGCUUCGGCGGCGGCAAGGUGCAGCAGCAGCAGCAGAUGGUGGCGGCGGCGGGGUGCCCGUGGUCGCGGAUGAAGUGGACAGACUCCAUGGUCCGCCUGCUCAUCACGGUGGUGUACAACGUCGGCGACGACGGCGACGGCGUGGGGGCGGCGGCGGCCGGCGGCGCGGGAGGAGGCAAGCCCGGCAGGGCGGCGCACGGUCACGGUCACGGCCAUGCCGCGGCGUCGCAGCAGCAGAAGAAGGGCAAGUGGAAGUCGGUGUCGCAGGCCAUGAUGGAGAAGACCUUCACGGUGUCCCCGCAGCAGUGCGAGGACAAGUUCAACGACCUCAACAAGCGCUACAAGCGCGUCGUCGACCUGCUGGGACGCGGCCGCGCGUGCCGGGUCGUCGAGAACCCGGCGCUGCUCGACGCCAUCGACGACCUCUCGCCCAAGGCCAAGGACGAGGCGCGCAAGCUGCUCAGCUCCAAGCACCUCUUCUUCCGCGAGAUGUGCGCCUACCACAACGGCGGCGGCCACGCGCCGCCGCACGCCGCCGCGCCGGGCGACGCCGCCUGCCUCCACCACCCGCCGCCCGCGCCCGCCGCUCGCCACGCGCAGCCCCAGCAGGCGGCGGCCCCGUCCCCGCCGGCGGGGACGAAGGACUCCUCCGCGGACGACGACGGCGACAGCGACGACGCCCUGAUGAGCAACAACGGCGACGACGAGGAGGACGAGGACUACGGCGACGACGAGGAGGACGGCCACGCGUACCCCCUUAACCAACGCGCCCACCACCAGCACAACGGCAACAAACGCGGGCGCGGCGGCGAGGACAGCGGCGCGGCGGACGACGACAACGAUGACGAGCCGCACAGCGGCGGGAGGCGCGCGAUGAGGCCGUCGGCGGCGGCCGAGCAGCUGAGGAGCGAGCUCGCGGCGGCGACCGUGGCGGCGGACCCGCAGCAGGCCCGGUGCUGGGUGCGGCGUCGCGCGGUGGAGGUGGAGGAGCGGCAGGUGGCGCUCGAGUCCCGCGCCUUCGAGCUGGAGCAGCAGCGGCUCAAGUGGGAGCGGUUCCGCGCGAACAAGGAGCGCGACAUGGAGCGCGCGCGGCUGGAGAACGACCGGCGCCGCAUCGAGAGCCGCCGCAUGCUGCUCAUGCUCCGCCACAGGGACAUCGAGCUCGACAUGGCCGAGGCCAACUCGUCGUCCGUCGACCACCACCCCGGCGCGUCGCCGCUCGUGGGGGCGGGGCACUACCAGCAGCCUAUCGGGUCCAGCCCGUCCACCGCCGGCCACCCCAACUAGCUGCGCGUGCGUGGCCUUUCCGUUACCGGUAGCGGUCGGUAGAGGUUCUUUUCAAAAAGGAAAGCUCUAGUUCUAUUAUUAGAAACAGUUCUCUUGGACGAAAAAGACAGUAGCAGAAUAGUGCUCGAGUUUCAGAGUUUCAGGUCUACUAGUGCCGUAGCAGUUGUGCGUGUCAGGAGUUCAGUCAGUGUCUGUCUGUUCAUAGGGGAUGGGGAUGCCCCUGCGUGGCUGUGUCAAUGCAGGCUUCAAGUUCAGAGUCAGCUAAGGGGGUAAGUUCAGAGUCAGCUAAAUUCUUGUAGCGAUGCGCUAAUUGAUUUGCUUAGCCCUGAUUGAUACCAGAGCUAAAUUUUAACGGAUACGUUUGAAUACUAA